AUGAGAGGGGCCACGCAAGUCUCAGUCAUGCUGCUCCUGGUGACGGUGUCCGACUGUGCGGUGAUCACCGGGGCCUGCGAACGGGACGUCCAGUGCGGGGCGGGCACUUGCUGCGCUGUCAGCCUGUGGCUCCGAGGUCUGCGGAUGUGCACCCCACUGGGCCGGGAAGGAGACGAGUGCCACCCGGGGAGCCGCAAGAUCCCCUUCUUCAGGAAACGCCGGCACCACGCCUGCCCCUGCCUGCCCAACCUGCUGUGCUCCAGGAGCCUGGACGGCAGGUACCGCUGCUCCAUGGACUUGAAGAGCAUCAACUUUUAG